AUGGCUCAGACGUUGGGAUCGAUGAUCGAGGUUGAAUCUGCUCCUCACAUUAGAAACCCUCCCGCGGUCGUUCACCGGAACAAAGCUCCAGAUGUGGUUGAGUUGGACGAAAUGAGCUGGGGAGUCCAGUAUACUGGUCCCAAAAGUGAACCGCUCAGUGGCACUCAAACGCCCCGUCCUGAUGAUCUCGAGACGAAUUCAGUGGGCACUCCGCAGCUCCAGGGUGGUUCUCCCAGUGGUGGCCAUCAUGAAAUAAACCUCAUCCAGAGCUUUUCCAAGUUUGUUGGCCCCCAUGCGCACAGGGUGCUUCCCCCAAUGAAUAAAUGGCGCGUUCUAUGCUGUUGUUUGAUCAAUUUCGGUGAUGGUUUGAAUGACUCCAUGCCCGGAGCAAUUAUUCCUUAUAUGGAAAAACACUAUUCAAUCGGUUAUGCCGUGGUAUCACUUAUUUUCGUGACCAAUGCACUGGGUUUUAUCAUGGCGGCGUUCUAUACGACUGCCUUGCAAGACCGUAUAGGCCGAGCCAAGACCAUGAUUGCUGGUCAGUUGCUAAUGGUCUUGGGAUACAUUUUGAUUCUUUGCACUCCCCCUUUCCCGGUCGUUGUCUUGGCCUUCUUGUUUCUCGGCUUAGGAAUGGCGAUGAACCUUGCUCUUGACAAUGUCUUCUGCGCGAAUUUGGCUAAUGCUACCAUGGCUCUCGGGGCUAUGCAUGGCGCAUAUGGGAUUGGUGGUACCAUUGGCCCUCUCAUGACGACGGCUAUGGUAUCUCGGGGAAUCCUAUGGUCCCGUGUGUAUUCAAUUUGCCUUGGUAUCGCCUUCUUCAACCUCAUCUUUGCUGCUUGGUCUUUCUGGAGCUUUGAGAAUGAUCUCCCCGAGCGGCUCCUUUCGUCACUCGAGCGAACGGCGAGUCGACAGGCUGCAGCUGAAGCUGGGGAACCAUCCAAAUUACAGAUCCUCAAAGAAGCGCUCAAGAACAAGAUCACGCUGCUGGCAGCACUCUUUAUCUUCGCCUACCAAGGAGCUGAAGUGUCCAUCUCCGGCUGGGUCAUCUCUUUCCUCAUCACCUACCGUCAUGGAGAUCCGAGCGAGGUCGGUUAUGUCACUUCGGGCUUCUGGGCUGGCAUUACUCUUGGGCGAUUCUUGCUCAGCCAUCCCUGCCAUCGGAUUGGCGAGCGGAAUGCAGUAUUUGGUAUUGUUGGCGGAGCCUUGGCCUUCCAGCUCCUCGUUUGGUUCCUUCCAAAUGUUAUCGGAGACGCCGUCGCUGUGUCCAUUGUUGGACUCCUUUUGGGUCCAGUCUUUCCCUGUGCUACGGCAGUCUUCUCGCGCUUGCUCUCAAAGCGGGUGCAAAUGCCAGCACUCUCCUUUGUCUCCGCGAUGGGGAGCUCCGGUGGUGCCUUGGCUCCCUUCACGACCGGUUUGCUGGCUCAAGCCGUGGGCACAUUCGUGUUGCACCCUGUUGCAAUUGCGCUGUUCGUGGUCAUGGAGGGCACUUGGUUUACUCUACCAAAGGCCCGUAAACCGACAGAGUAA